AUGAAGUUGUUUGUAUUUUUCCUGUGUCUAUUUUUCUUGAUACCCAAAAGCAGUAGUUCUUCUCGAUGGACUCUCCAGGUUCAGAAUCACUUGAAACGCUUGAACAAGCCUCCCGUCAAAUCCAUCAAGAGUCCAGAUGGAGAUAUAAUUGACUGCGUCCAUAUUUACAACCAACCAGCUUUGGAUCAUCCUGCCCUUAGAAACCAUACAAUUCAGAUGAGACCGAGUGUUUAUCCGGAGGGGGCUCUUGGCAACAUGGAGUCGGAGAAAGGAUCAAAGUCGUUUACACAGUUGUGGCAGUUGAAUGGAAGAUGUCCACAAGGAACUGUUCCCAUCAGAAGAAUUACAGAAGAAGACAUAUUAAGAGCAAGCUCUAUUGAAAGGUUUGGGAUGAAAAAACCAUAUACAAUCCCGCAAACAAGCCCGACAGAGCUUGGUGCCGUUCAAAAUGGUCACGAGUAUGCAAUUGCUUACAUCUAUGGAAAAGGGGCCAAGUAUUAUGGUGCCAAGGGAAUUAUAAACGUAUGGAAACCCAAUACCCAACUGGGCGAGUUCAGUGCAGCUCAAAUAUGGGUGUUGGGAGGUCCACUUGAAUUUGGAAAACUCAACAGUAUUGAAGCUGGUUGGCAGGUUAACCCUACAUUAUUCGGAGAUAACAACACACGCAUGUUCAUCUAUUGGACGACCGAUGGAUAUAAAUCCACGGGUUGCUACAAUCUCAAGUGUCCAGGCUUUGUCCAAGUCAGUUAUGAAAUGUCCUUCGGUGGAAAAGUCAGUCCAAUUUCACAGUAUGGUGGUACCCAAUUUGAUAUCCCUGUAAACAUAUGGAAGGACCCAGAGCAAGGUAACUGGUGGUUGCAAUAUGGGCAUAAUAAACCGCUAGGAUACUGGCCAGCCUCGUUGUUCAAUUAUCUGGACGACAGUGCUGCAGCGAUCGAGUGGGGAGGAGAGAUUAUAAACCAGCAGUCAGGCGGACAACACACCACAACUCAGAUGGGUAGCGGCCAUCUCCCUGGAGAAGGCUUUCACAAGGCUGCUUUCUUUAGGAAUCUUAAAUACGUUGAUAACACCAACGUUUUUAGGGAUCCUCAAGGGCUUGGGACUUUCCUCCAACAAUCAUCCAAUUGCUAUGAUAUCCAGAAAUACAAUGGUCACGUCUGGGAAACCUCCUUUUUCUUCGGCGGUCCUGGUAGAAAUCCUAGUUGUCCAUGA